AUGGAUAACUUAAUAGCGUAUAUAUUAAGCAACCCAGGCAGAUACCCUGGAAGUCAUCUUUAUCCUCAGCCAAGGUCAAAUCAGUCCGUCAAACCAUUAGAGCCCGCCUCACAAAUGCAACUGAUAUGGAAGGCAACAGUUGAGUACAUCCACGAAAAAAUAUUAGAAGGCAAAGGAGUCAAUAUAAAAGGAUUUGGAGCUUUCACCUUUGACAUAGAGACGAAGCUUGCACCAGUCACUGCUAUAAACCCUACAAGUGGCGAAAUAGACGACCAGAGGCUUGACCGCAAACACCUGCAUAAAAACCGUCCAGUAUUUAUUCCUGACCCAUCUUUACAAAGUGUUCUAUUAAGAUAUCACGGAAAAAAUCAGGUCGAAAAACCAGCAAGUCAACGGUCGGUUUUCCAAAGAGGAUUCCAAAUGAUAUUUUGCAACCCUGUCCCAAUAGCCCAAGCGUGCUAUAUAGAUAAAAAUGUAGUUGUAGAUACCCAUAGAGCUAUAUUUUCCGCUAUAAAAGAAUUGGCGACUGCUGGAAGGUCAAUUACGAUUCCCUUUAACUUUGCAGUGAUUAUUAUAAGCAAUUUAACAUUAGAAACGAGAUUUAACCAGAAUUUUGCUCAAAAUACGAACAGCAAGUAUUAUGAAGCAAAAAUGAGGAAAUCUGAUGUACCGUGUGCAACCUUCUGGCAGACAACGUCACAAGAUAAAUGGAGAUCAUCAGCUCUUUCGUCAUUGUGGUCAAAGCCAGAUAGAAGAGAAGUCCAGACUAUGAACGAAAAAACUUUAGCGUUAAAAAUCAUGAGUUUAGAUCUAGCAAGCUCAGUGAGACCAAAAACAACCCUUUAA